UGGCGCAAUGAAACAACACACGAACACCCGGAAGUGCCGGAAGUUUCUGAGAAGACAGGAAAGAGCUUACCGGGCCGGGGUACCUGUACGUGAUAGUACGUUAAUAGUAGGUGAGGGCCGUGAGUCGUGAUUUCUGUAACGUCGCAGCACAGGGAACAGAAACAGAAGAUGGCCACCAAGCAGGAGAGAUCUAGGCCCGAGUCAGCCUUCCAAGACAAUGUGGAAGAAGGUGAUAAGAACGACUCGAGAGUUCUCCUGGCAGUGUUUGUGCUCCUGUUGGUGGACCUCCUGGCCUUUACUGUCAUCCUGCCCCUCAUGCCUUCUCUCCUGGACUACUAUGGGCAGGUGGAUCAGGGUGGCCUGUAUGGAGCCAUACAGGAAUAUGUGGACUGGUUUGCUCUUACUUUGGGUAUUCCACAGACCAGGAGGUUUAAUGCUGUACUGUUUGGAGGAAUCCUGGGGUCCCUGUUCUCCCUGCUGCAGUUCCUAUCGGCCCCUCUGAUUGGUGCGCUGUCAGACGUGUACGGACGCAAGCCUCUCAUGCUCCUGUCUGCUGUUGGUAUAGCGUGCUCCUACAGUGUGUGGGCUGUGUCGUACACCUUUGGUGUGUUUGUCCUGGCCAGAGUACUGGGUGGGAUCAGUAAGGGGAACGUCAGUCUCGCAACAGCCGUCGUAGCUGACCUCAAGUCUGCCAAGUCAAAAGGACACGGAAUGGCUGUGAUCGGUAUUGCCUUCUCUCUGGGGUUCCUGGUUGGUCCGUCCAUUGGUGCUUGGUUUUCCCGGAUAUCCGAUGAGGGACACUUCUUCUCCACCCCAGCUCUGUUUGCACUGACUCUCUCCAUCUGUAACAUCGUGUUUAUCACGUUCUUCCUACCAGAGACACUUCCAAAGGAAAAAAGAGCCAAGUCUAUCGGUAACGGGCUGAGUGAGGCGUCCUUCCUGAUCAACCCUCCGUCUCUCUUCAGUUUCUCUGCAGUCAAAAAUCUGACAAAGAAAGAACUGGAGAGCCUGCAGUCUCUGGGAUCCACGUACUUCCUGUACCUGUUCCUGUUCUCUGGGCUGGAGUACACGCUCACAUUCCUGACUCACAACAAGUUCCAGUAUACCAGCAUGCAGCAGGGCCGAAUGUUCCUGUACAUGGGACUGAUCAUGCUGGUGACACAGGGGGGGUACUCCAGGAGGAUUUCACCUGGGACAGAGAAGAAAAUAGCAAGCAGGGGUAUGGCCAUCCUAGUUCCAUCCUUCCUUCUGAUUGGUGCAGCCGAGUCAACCCUGCUGUUCUACGUAGGACUGGGCCUUUUCUCAUUCGCCUCUGCAACAGUUGUCCCCUGUCUGACAGCUAUGACAUCUGCAUAUGGUGGUACAGACCAAAAGGGAACUGUGAUGGGGAUUUUACGUUCGUUGGGGGCUCUAGCACGAGCACUCGGCCCAGUGGCUGCAUCUACAGUGUACUGGGGACUUGGUGCUCUGCCGUGCUAUGCGAUGGGAGGUCUACUUUUAUUUAUACCUGUCCUGAUGUUAGCUAAGGUACAAACAACCACAGACAAGACUGAUGAGUAACUCACCUGCACUGUCUGUCCUGAAUGUGACCAAAGCUUUUGUCCCUGCUAUAAAGUAAAUAUUAUAUAUUAUACAUUUAACUUUAUUGGAAGACAAUAGUUACUAUAAGUUAGAGUAGUUUAUCAAUGAGUCUUACAACUGUGUGUGCCUUUGUGGAGUUGUUAGAAAUCCUACUUUCCACUGGAUCUUUGAAUGACCAUUGAGUGUGGAUUGAUAUCUACAAUGUAUGACUUUAUAGAUUGAAUAUGAUCCAUGAUGUU